AGGUGGCGGGGGGCCCCUCCCCUCCCCUCUCACCUGGGCUUCAGGUGCGCUGCAGGAAAUGCGCUUCCCCGCCCAGGUGAGUGACUAAACUUUCCGGGUCACGUGAGCGGGCGGAGCCGGUAGGAGCCGGUCCAACCGACCGACCGACCGACCGACGAAUACCGGCCAAGGUAUUGUGGCCGAACGGGCCUCCUCCCCUGCCCAGCCCGGGAGAUGCGUUAGCCUCAGGCCGACGCGGGGAACGAGUUCGAGGCGACCCUACCCCUCCGGUUCCAUGGCGAGUGGCCGGGGCUUGGGGCUGCUCCUGGUGCUGGCUUUGCAGCCGCCGCCGCACCGGGUCCUGGGGCAAACUAUUCUGGCAUCUGUGGAUCCUAGAACAAAUAACAGCACCUCUCAACCUGAGGGCCUGUCCCAGGAGGCCGUGAUAGCCAUCAGCGUAGUGUUCUCCUUGCUGGGGCUGCUGCUGCUGGCCAUGGGCCUGUACUUCCUGGGGCAGAAACUGCGGGAGAAGCGGCAGACGGAGGGGACCUACCGGCCAAGCAGUGAGGAGCAGUCAUCCCACGCUGAGGCCCGCGGUCCCGAGGACUCGAAGGCAAAAGCUGCCAGGUGUCUGCCAUGCUAGGGCUGGGGCUUCACGAAGCCUGGAUCCCCAAGCUGGGCCCUGCAUUGCCACCCUUGGUAGGGGAAGGA